AGCCCUCUUGUCAGCAUGGCUCAUAGUCUAUAGCUGGUUUUAUAUAAAGUCAGUGGUCACUGUUGUUAAUUGGUGCUCAUUGUGUUAAGCGCGUUAGCUGAUAGGUUAGCUUGUGUAACGUUGCAUCAAGACAUCACGUCUAAACCUGUCAGACCCAUAAUGUAGCGGUACUGAUAUGAUCUCUCAUAUAAAGACAGACUGUAGGUUGUUUCACAUCAGUGGGCUGACACAGCUGAAACACAGCAGGUCCAUCCAUCACAGUCCUGUAUGGAGGAGCCCUCUUAUACCUAUAGUUGUGGAGCAGACGGGGAGAGGAGAACGAGCAUAUGACAUCUAUUCCCGCCUCCUAAGGGAGAGAAUCAUCUGUGUAAUGGGUCCUAUCGAUGACUCUGUAGCCAGUGUGGUUAUUGCCCAGCUGCUCUUCCUACAAUCAGAAAGCAACAACAAACCCAUCCACAUGUACAUCAACAGUCCCGGAGGUGUGGUAACAGCAGGGCUGGCCAUUUACGACACCAUGCAGUACAUCCUCAAUCCUGUCUCCACCUGGUGUGUUGGCCAGGCAGCCAGCAUGGGCAGCUUGCUCCUGGCAGCGGGAACCACAGGGAUGAGGCAUUCACUGCCCAACGCCCGCAUCAUGAUUCACCAGCCUUCAGGAGGAGCCAGGGGUCAGGCCACAGAUAUCGCCAUCCAGGCUGAGGAGAUCCUGAAGUUGAAGAGACAAAUCAACAACAUCUAUGCCAAACACACAGGGCAGCCAUUGGAAACCAUUGAAGGUGUGAUGGAAAGGGAUCGCUACAUGAGUCCCAUGGAGGCACAAGACUUUGGUCUCAUAGACCGGGUCCUGGUCCACCCACCGCAGGCAGGCCAGGAUGAGCCCGAGCUGGUGCAGAAAGAGCCGGCAGCAGCAACGAGUCCCUCUCCAACACCAGAGUCUCUAGCCCCUGACCAGGCCUCCCCAGGGACCAGCCCCCCCUCCUCAUACAGACCUGAGCCAUGAACCUGCUGUCUGAACCCUGCAAACCUUUUCUCUGAAUUCAGUCUGACAGUUCCUGAGAGCAGAGCCCAGACUCCAUGGUGUGCUUCUCUUAAGUGUUGGUGUCUCUUUUACCCCUAUGGUACCAACACUGUACUGCCUACACAUGUGCAGGCACCAUGCUGGCUGCAGUCACGGUGACCAGAAGGAAUUCAGUCUUGUUCUGUACCUCGUUGCAGCAGAGAUGU